AUGCACUGUCCCUACUGCGAAUGUGAAAACACAAAGGUCGUGGACUCGCGCGAAUCCGGCGCGAGCAUACGUCGGCGGCGCGAGUGCGCGUUGUGCGGCAGACGCUUCACGACCUAUGAGCAAGUGCAGAUGAAGGCGAUGAUGGUGGUGAAGCGGGACGGUAGGCGUGAGGAGUUCAGCCGUGGCAAGCUCUGGUCGAGCCUGACGAAGGCGUGCGCCAAGCGUCCACUGGCCAUUGCCAGAAUAGACAGAAUGAUUGACGACAUCGAGACGAACCUGUCCGAGCAGGGCAAGGCGGAAUUCGACUCUCGGGCAAUCGGCGAGAUGGUCAUGAGCAGGCUGUCGGACCUGGACCAGGUGGCAUAUAUUCGCUUCGCCAGCGUGUAUCUCGACUUCAGCGAUGUGGAGAGCUUCAAGACGGAGAUCAACACGCUGCUAGAGAUGGGCGAGACGCUUAACGGUCAUGCCGACACUAACCAGUUGGCGCUGCUGGGCGGCGACAUCAAUGUCGUCCCGGAUCCCUCAACGGAGCCGCCGCAGGAGCAUUCUGAGCCGUCUUCCUGA